UUGUUUUAUUGUGUAGCUAAGCGGCUAUUUAUUGGAAUUCCACCUGAAGUUGACCAAUUCACAAAGCAAUUUUGCAAAAAUACUCCUAUUCUUGGAUUCAGUUUAAACGAUCUUCAACCUGAUAAAGAAUAUGAUGACAGGACCAAGAACUUUACUGAAUCGCAAAUUAAAGCUGGAGAUCCUGGGGCUAAUCAAAGCAUGUCUUGUUUAUAUUCCUUCAGAAAUUGCUCUCAAUUUGGAUAUGAAGCAGCAUUCAACGAACAACUAGAUGAUGACAAUGAGGAAGAAAGUAUUGAAGACCUUGACGUUGAGAAGUAUGUGGAGGAGGAUGAAUGGUCAGCAAAUGAAUCACCCGAAGAAACUGCGAUCAGCAUUGAGCAAAAGCAAGCGAAUGAUCUUAGAAACUCUGGGGUAGAUAAACUCUCAGAGUACUCGUCAGAAGUUAUGCCUUUUCGCGAUCAUUACGUUGAGGAUCGUAUAGAACCAUUGCAGCAAGAUUCUAACACUUUUAAUAGAGGUUAG